AUGAAGGCUGUUAUCGCUGGCUUGAUGGGAGCGGCUGCUCUGGCAACCGCUCAGACUGCUACUACCUCUGAGCCCGCUCUUGCGGACAUUCGUGCGGCUACUGCAACUACCAAGCCGGAGGUUACCGUCUCUAAUGUUAAGGGCUUGGCUUUUGAUCGUUUUUAUCAAGUCUGGCUGGAGAACAUCGACUAUAGUGAUGCCGCCUCCGAUGCCAACAUGCAGUGGCUUGCUUCUCAGGGUAUUCUACUGACCAACUACUACGCUGUCACCCAUCCUUCCGAGCCCAACUACUGCGCUUCCGCUGGCGGUGACACAUUUGGAAUGGAUAACGACGACUUCCAUCAGAUCCCUGCGAACGUUUCCACCAUCGCUGAUCUGCUUGAUACCAAGAGCGUCUCAUGGGCUGAAUACCAGGAGCACAUUCCCUAUGCUGGUUUCCAGGGCUACAACUAUUCCAAUCAGGAAACUUACCACAAUGAUUACGUUCGCAAGCACAAUCCUUUGGUGCUGUAUGACUCCGUUGUGGCCAAUAACAGUCGUGCGCGUCACAUCAAGAGCUUUGAUGACUUUGAAAAUGAUCUCCAGGACAAGAAGCUUCCUCAGUGGGCGUUCAUCACCCCUAAUAUGACCAACGAUGCGCAUGACACCAACAUCACUUUCGCUGCCAAGUGGGAGCGUCCUUGGGUGUCCAAAUUGCUCGAGAACGAGUACUUCUACAACAACACUCUCCUCCUUCUGACCUUUGAUGAGGACGAGACCUACACAAACGACAACCGUCUCUUCAGCGUUCUACUUGGCGGUGCCGUUCCUGAACAUCUCAAGGGUACUAAGGACGAUACCUUUUACACACACUACUCCAGCAUUGCCAGUGUCUCCGCUAACUGGGGUCUUCCUUCUCUGGGUCGCUGGGAUUGUGGUGCAAACCUCUUCGAGAUUGUCGCCAACAAGACUGGCUACGUCAACUACGAGGUCGACAAGACCCACCUCACGCUUAACCAGACUUACCCCGGCCCAUUGUCGAUUGGUGACAAGUCGAUUGGCAAUACCUCCACCUUCACUGCCGAGUGGCCAGUUCCCAUCACCGACAGCAAUGAAAAGUGUUCCGCUGGCCACGGUAUCCUGGAUAUCGUCAAGAAAACCUACGGACACCUGGAAUCGACAUACGACACUAAGCCAUACCCCUGGGAGGCCAAGACUCACUACAACGACAAGGUGACCGCCAAGCGCCCAUCAAACGUGACCACAAGCAAGACCAACUCCACUGCAGUGAACUCUAGCAGCACAGGCGCUGGUGUUUCUGCCACGGCUCCCAUCACUACUGUCAUGCUCGGAGCCCUGUUGGCCAUCGCUGCCUACUCCUUCUGA